AUGGAAAAACUGCUCCUGUCUAAAGGAUAUCAGCUGGGAAUCACCAUUGGGGAGGGAACCUAUUCCAAAGUCAAGGAGGCUUACUGCAAACAUCAGGAGAGGAAAGUCGCCGUCAAGAUCAUCGAUCGACAGACAGUACCAAAAGAUUUCAUCCACAAAUUUCUCCCGCGGGAGCUGCAAAUAGUCCAGAACUUGGAUCACAAAAAUAUUAUCAAGGUUCACGAAAUCUGGGAGUCGGAGGAUGGCAAGAUCUGCAUGGUCAUGGAGCUGGCGGAAGGAGGGGACGUCCUGGAGCACAUCAGGAGAGAGGGGCCACUGUCUGAGCAAAACGCGAAGGCCUUGUUCCGUCAGCUGGUGGCAGCCAUUCGAUACUGUCACGACAGCGGCAUCGCUCACAGGGACCUCAAGUGUGAAAAUACCUUACUGGAUAAAAGCUUCAACGUGAAGUUGGCAGACUUUGGAUUCGCUAAGAUCUUUCGCACGGGCUCUGCCGAACUGAGCAAGACCUUCUGUGGCAGCACGGCUUACGCUGCCCCUGAGGUUCUGCAGGGGGUCCCACACCAGAGCGUGAAGAGUGACAUCUGGAGUCUGGGGAUCGUGCUGUACAUCAUGCUCUGCGGCCACCUGCCUUUCGACGACACCAAUAUCCCCAAGAUGUUGUGGCUUCAGCAGAACGGGGUGGUGUUCCCAGGGCACGUGGAGCUGAGUAGGGAAUGUCGAGAUCUGGUCGGAAGAUUGCUGGAACCUGAUGUCAGCCUGAGACCUCCGGUACAGGAGGUUUGCUCCCAUCCAUGGUUAGCAGACAGCCAAUAAACGUGCUCAGCAAAUUGAUUGUUUAAAAUUUUUACCGACAGCUGCCGAUAAGAGUACACGGUCUAGAGAGAUACUGGCUGAUGUUAAGGACACUGCUGCACGCAAGAGUGUCCGAAUGACCACUGGCGAGGACAGCUCUGAGAUAUUUGCCAUCGGAUGACAGCACAGGCAGGGGACCUCUUCUGUGCAAUACUAGCAACUGCCAUUUUUGUCACUCGAAAGAUAAACAUUCUAGCAAUAUUUCCGGUAUAGCUUCAGUCCAUCUUUGUAAGUCUAGUAUUGCUUAGCGCUAAGGGUUACAGUCACGUCUUGUAAGCACUGAAGAGAACGUACAGAACUAUGGCUAUAGAGGGAGUUAUAAACAUGUAGAAUAUUAAUGAAUGGCCAACAAAAUGUCAUAUAGUAAAUGACGGAUGCUCGGAAGGCAGAAGUAGAAGUUGUGUAGCCCCAAAUUGGUUUGGGACCAAUUUUACUAGAGAUGCAACUAAGUGAACUGUGCAUGUCACCUCCAAAACAACAAGAGCCCCUGAUCACAUUAUACAGUGUAAUAAAUAGAAGGGAUUUAUUUCUGUAUGUGAAAAUAAUUCGCUGGUGGUAAGUCAAAGAUUGUGUGGUUCUGAUGAUGUUUAAGAGCCCAGCGAGUAAUGUUCAACAUCCGCAUUGUGCCUCGGUGUAAAGGGGAACAUUCCCACACUGGUGGGAAAUGACAACCAUUGACAAACAAAUGAGGAGAAAUGUAUUAGCGUAUUUUUAAAAAAAACAUUUUAGCUAUUAAUUAAUUUUAAAUUUAACGUAGUUUUUGCCUUGGCAAAUUCAAUGUGGUUUCUAACUGGUGAUGAGCACCAUUUACAUUUGACAAUGUCUGCUUGAGUUACUUUGAUGCCAUAUAGAUUUCCAGUAUUACUAUAUUUAAAAAGAUCUACAACUUUCUGUACCCAAGAAACAUUUAAGCACAAGGUGAGAAACCAGGAGUUUUAUAUAUAUAUAUAUGAACAAGUAUAAUUUCCAGUAAACUCGAAGUCUAGUGACAGG